AUGGCGUCGUUCCUGAGCCAGGCGUCGUCCUACUUUGGACGCACCAACAUCUCGGUCAACUACACGAUCGACGAGUCGCAAUCGCCCGCGCACUGUGGUCUGUGGAAGAUCUUCCGAGCGACGCGCAAUGCGUCGUCCUUAGCCCCAGCUGCCGGUGGCUCGAGCUCGGCAUCAGCGUCCAAGAAUACCGUGUCGAUAUGGACGCAUACGUUCAACACACGCGGCCAGGUGCGUCAGCGCAUCACCGAGCAGCUCAAGAAGGAGGCGUCGUCGCUCACACGCCUGCGCCAUCCGUGCAUCCUCGAGGUGGUCGAGCCGCUGGAAGAGUCGCGCAACGACGUCACAUUCGCCACCGAACAGGUGUUUGCCUCGCUCUCGGAAGCGCUCGUCUCGGACCACCGCCAAGACGUGCAGCUGGACGAGGUCGAGAUCCAAAAGGGCCUGCUCCAGGUCGCACGCGGCCUCGAGUUCCUCCACACCGCCAAGAUGGUCCAUCAGAACCUCUCGCCCGACUCGAUCCUCAUCAACGCCAAGGGCGACUGGAAGCUCGCCGGCUUCUCGUUCCUCACGCCGCUCGAGCUUCCUGGUGGAGGUGGCAAGACGCCGUGGACGUUCCCGGACUACGAUCCGAGCCUACCGCCGGCCAUGAGCCGCAACUUUGACUACAUGGCACCCGAGUAUGCGCUCGACGAAAAGCUGGGGCCGGAAAACGACAUGUACAGUCUGGGCUGCGUCGUCUACGCCGUGCAUAACAAGGGCUCUCCGCCGUUUCGCAACCGCAACUCGCUGCCCAACCUGCGUGGCAACGCGGACCAGCUCGCCACCACCAUCGGCAGCCAGAGCUGGUCGCGCAUGGGCAGCGAUGUGCUCGACGUGCUCUCGAGCCUGCUCACGCGCUUCCCUGCCGCGCGUCUCACCGCAGCGUCGUUCCAGCAAGCGCGCUACUUCAACUCGAUCCUCGUCUCGACGCUCAAGUUCAUGGAGCGGGACAGCUUUGCCGGACGCACAAAGGAGGAGCGCGUGCAGUACCUCAAGGGCCUGCUCAAGAUCCUCCCGCAGUUCUCGGACCGCCUUUUGCGGCGCAAGGUACUGCCGGCCGUACUGGAGCUCAUGACCGACCGAUCGCUGCUGCCUUUCAUCCUGCCCAACGUGUUCCACAUCUCGAAGAACCUCUCGUCGCUCGAGUUCACCAACUCGGUGCUGCCCAAGCUCAAGCCGUUGUUUGCGGUGCAGGAUCCGCCGCAGAACAUGCUGCUGCUGCUCGACCAGAUCGAGCCGCUGUUCGUGCCCAAGACGGCGCCCACCACGUUCCGCGAGGAGGUCACGCCGCUGCUGUACGCUGCGCUCGAGGCGGAAAACGUGCUGGUGCAGGAAAAGGCCCUACGCACCGUACCUCGACUCGCCGAGAUCCUCGAAUACGCGCACGUCAAAGAGGUGCUGUUCCCCAAACUCGCAUCGCUCUUUGCCAAGACCAAGGUGCUCAGCGUCAAGGUCAAUUGUCUGAUCUGCUUCCAUGCGAUGGUGGGCAUUCUGGACAAGUACACGCUGACGGAAAAGCUGGUGCCCAUUCUGGCGCGCAUCAAGACCAAGGAGCCGAGCGUCAUGGUGGCGACGCUCGCGGUGCACGAGAGCAUGGCAGCCAAGGUGGACCGCGAAACGCUCGCCACCGCCAUCAUCCCGCAGCUCUGGGUCAUGUCCAUGGGCCCGCUGCUCAACGCCGACCAGUUCGGACGCUUCAUGAAGGCGGUGCGUGAGAUGAGCACGCGGGUGGAGAAGGAGCAUACCGCACAUCUGCGCGACGUCAAGCGCAUGCAGGACCACACCGACUCGUACACCGCCGAUGCGCGCGCGGGCGGCCCCGGCGCCAACGGUGCUGCAGGAGGCGUGACGGGCAUCGGCGCCGGCGGAGAGAUCGACUUUGCCACGCUCGUCGGUCAGACCAAGACUGCACGCGGCGCGGACAAGGCGGUGGCAGACGACCCGUUCGGGCUCGCAGACGACUUUGGCGCGCUCGGUGGCGGAUCCUCGGGCCUCGGCAGUGGGGCGGGUCUGGUGGCGUCCGACAUCUCGCCUGCGGUAUCGAGCACGCCCACGCCCAUCGGUGGUCUCACACCCACGCACACGGGCCGAUCAGCACCCAAGCCCAGCACAUCAUCGCUGCUCUCUUCCAGCACCGCACCGAGCACGGCAAGCAGCAUCCCGGCGCUAGCACCACCGCCGUCGUUUGUGCGCCCGCCACUCAGCGCCUCUUCGUCAUCCACCUCGUCGAGAUCCGCAGCACCCACCACUUCGACCAUUGCGCCAGUCAACGGUAGCUGGAACAGCGUGCUUCAACCCAGCUCCUCCCACCCAAAAUCUGCCGCGGCCACGCCCACGGCCUCAAGUGCAGCCGGUGGUGGUGGUGCCGGGCCGAACUACAAUAUCUCGCUGCCGCCAGCGACGGGGACGGGAUGGAACCCAGCGCCGUCGUCGCUGUCGUCGUCGCUGGCGCCCGCCAUCGAGCCCGCUGCGCCAGUAAGCAUUGCGCCGACACCAGCAGCGUCGGUAGGCCCACCAGGGUGGGGGGGUAGCGUACUGCAGCCCAAUAAGUCGGCUGCGGUCGGAGGCGCGGGCGCAAAGUCGACCACAGACGCAUGGAAGGACUUUGACCCGUUUGCCUGA